AUGGUUCUUCAAGAUCUCGGCCGGCGCAUCAGCACGGCCUUGCACGAUGCCACUCGUGCACCCAAUCUCGAUGAGAAGGCCUUCAAGGCUAUGCUCAACGAGAUCUCCCACGCCCUCCUCGAAGCCGACGUCAACGUGAAACUCGUCAGCAAGCUAUCCAAUUCGAUAAAAUCACAGGUCAACUUCAAAGACCUGCCCCCCGCCGUCAACAAGAAGCGCCUUAUUCAGAAAGCCGUCUUUGAUGAGCUGGUCAAGCUAGUCGAUCCCCAUGCCGAACCUUUCAAGCCCAAGAAGGGCAAGUCCAACGUUAUCAUGUUUGUCGGUCUGCAAGGUGCUGGUAAAACAACGACAUGUACAAAGCUGGCGCGACACUACCAGGCCCGUGGAUUCCGCGCUUGCUUGGUGUGCGCCGAUACCUUCCGUGCCGGUGCUUUUGAUCAGCUGAAGCAGAACGCCGUCAAGGCCAAGAUCCCGUAUUAUGGUUCACUCACGGAGACGGAUCCCGCUGUCGUGGCUAGGGAGGGUGUCGAGAAAUUCAAGAAGGAACGCUUCGAAGUCAUCAUUGUCGAUACCUCUGGAAGACAUCGACAAGAGUCUGCGCUGUUCCAGGAGAUGAUGGAUAUCCAAACCGCCAUCAAGCCCGACGAGACCAUCAUGGUUCUCGACUCGUCCAUUGGUCAACAAGCCGAGUCGCAAGCCAAGGCGUUCAAGGAAGCUGCCGACUUUGGAGCCAUCAUCAUCACCAAGACGGAUGGUCAUGCCAGCGGUGGUGGUGCUAUCUCAGCCGUCGCUGCGACACAUACACCAAUCGUUUUCAUUGGAACCGGAGAGCACAUGUUGGAUUUCGAACGUUUUGCGCCACAACAAUUUGUCAACAAGCUAUUGGGCAUGGGAGACAUGGCUGGGCUGGUCGAGCACGUUCAGUCUCUGAAGUUGGAUCAAAAGGACACCAUCAAGCACAUUACCGAGGGUAUAUUUACAGUGAGGGAUCUCCGGGACCAAUUGGGCAACAUCAUGAAGAUGGGUCCAUUAUCCAAGAUCUCAGGCAUGAUUCCUGGAAUGGCCAACCUGCCUGGCAUGGAUCAGAUGGACAACGAAGAGUCCAGCGCCAAACUGAAGCGCAUGAUUUACAUUUGCGACAGCAUGACGGAGAAGGAACUUGACAGCGACGGCAAAAUGUUUGUCGAGCAACCUACCCGAGUCGUGCGUGUAGCUCGUGGCAGCGGCGCCAGCGUAAGAGAAGUAGAAGAACUGCUUACUCAACAACGAAUGAUGGCCGGCAUGGCGAAGAAGAUGGGAGGCAACAUGAAGAACAUGCAGCGCGCACAGCAGGCCAUGGGUGGCGGUAACAAGGCACAACAAAUGGCGGCUAUGCAGAAGAGGUUACAAAGUAUGGGUGGGGCUGGUGCUGGAGGUAUGCCAGACAUGGCCAGUCUAGCCAAGAUGUUCGGUGGAGGCGGCGGCGGUGGCAUGCCCGGCGGAAUGGACAUCCAGAACAUGAUGAAGUCGAUGGGUAUGGGCGGUAUGAUGGGAGGUGGCGGAAGAGGUGGCAGAAGGUAA